AUGGAGGGCAGGACUCCCCUUCAACACUGUCUUCAUAUGGCCACAGAACAUAAUUAUGUGGUCUGGACAGAGUUGGAUAAUGACGGGCACUUGAGCAGACUUUUAAUUGCAAAUCCUACUUCAAUCCAAAUGAUACGUACGUGGCCGUAUGUUGUGCUGAUAGAUACAACGUACAAAACGAACAAAUCAAAGUGGCCACUAUGUGAAGUCAUCGGAAUGACGCCAACAAAUCACAACUUCUUGGUUGCGUUUUGUUUGAUGCGAGAUGAGGCGGCUGUGUCGUACUCGUGGGUGCUGCAGGGAUUGAGAGAUAUUUUCGGCAGUGCUCAGACUCCUAGCGUCAUUGUAACCGAUCGUGACGAAGGUUUAUCUGCAGCUAUUCGUGACGUCUUCCCAGAUGUACGUCAUUUGUUAUGCACCUGGCAUAUUGGCAACGAUGUUGAGAACAUGGUGGACAAGUUGUGCGGCGGCAAGAAAAAUCAACAAGGGCAGAUAUUUAGGAAAAGUAGAUGGAACCCCUUGGUUGAAAGUGCUACAAUCCGGGAAUAUGAAAAGAGAUGGGAAGGGAUCGUCAGUACGUGGUCGGUUAGGAACCGAAGGGUCGUUCGGUAUUUGACUGGAACAUGGAUUCCACUUAGAGAGAAAUUUGUGCGUGCGUGGACGAAUGAUUGUUUACACUUGGGUAACCAUACUACCAGCAGAGUGGAAAGCCAACACUCGUCUUUUAAGUAUUACCUUGGUAGCGGUAAUAGCUCAUUCGAUACCCUUUUCAAAAGGGCGCACGCACAGAUUACAAAUCAACAAGCUAAAAUCCGACAAUCGCUACAGGAAUCCAUGACUUCUGUACCAAGAACGCUACGACAGUAUUUCUUUAGACCUCUAUAUCGCCACGUAACUGGGUGA